AUGCCUAAAACUAUACUUGUCACAGGUGCAAGUUCUUUUAUUGGUGGAUGGAUCGUUAAAUAUCUCCUUGAGAAAGGAUAUAAUGUACGUGGAACAGUUCGAUCUCAAGCAAAAGAAGCACAAGUUCUCGAUGGUAUUUCAAACGAGCAUCGAAGUCAAAUUUCAUUCGUAUAUAUUGCUGAUAUUACUACUGAUUCGUUUGAUGAAGCUGUUCAAGGUAUUGAUGGUAUCAUUCAUGUUGCUUCACCAUUUCAUUUUAAAGUAAAUGAUCCAGAAAAAGAUAUGAUUUUACCAGCAAUCAAUGGAACAGUAAGAAUUUUACAGGCUGCUCAUGAAUAUAAUCAAAAAAAUCAAAAUCAAAUUAAACGAAUAGUUAUUACAUCAUCAUUUGCUUCAAUUUUUGAUCCAAGUCUAGGAUUUCGUCCUGGUUAUUCUUAUACUGAAAAAGAUUGGUGUCCAUUGACUUAUGAACAAGGUGCUGCUGCAAAAAAUGAUCCACUCACAGUUUAUCGUGUAUCAAAAGUAUGUGCUGAACGUGCUGCAUGGGAUUUCGUUGAAAAAGAAAAACCAGCAUUUACAAUUGCAACUAUAUGUGAACCCAUGGUUUUUGGUCCAUCUGUUAAUGGUUUUAAAUCAUCAGAUGAUAUACAUACAUCUAAUGGUAUGAUAUGGUCGGUUGUUACUAGUGGUAAAGAUGCUAAAGUUCCAGAAAUACGUACACCAUGGCAAGUUGAUGUAAGAGAUGUUGCACGUACACAUAUAGCUGCUUUAGAACAAAUGACAGACACAAAUGAACGUUAUCUUAUAGCAGCAGAAACUUGGAGUCAUCAGAGAGCAAUCGAUAUUAUUCAUGAAAGUACUACCAUUCCAACAAGUAUCAAGGAUACAACACCAAUUGGCACAAAAGGUCAACGAUUAUCGGAUCAUUUUGAUAUCGAUAGUUCGAAAGCACAAAAAGAAUUGGGUAUUACAUUUAUACCUUUUGAAAAAACUGUUGAAGAUUUAUCAUUACAAUUUGCUCAAUUGCAAGAAAAAUUACAACAUCAUUGA